UAUCCACUAAUUUCCCUCUUUUGAAUAUAAAUUAUCAUCAUGAACAAAAGCGUCAUAACGGGGCCCGGAUACGAUACACCGAUCACGAGCUACUCGCCGGAGGGCAGGGUCCUGCAGGUCGAAUACGCCACCUUGGCUGUGGCCAAUAGCUUCACCAUAAUCGGUAUGCGGGGCAAGGACUCCGUGGUGCUGGCCGUGGACAAGAUCAUCAUGAGCUCGCUGUACGAGCCGGACGCCGACGGACGCAUCGUUAGCCUAGAGAGGAACAUUGGCAUGGCCAUGGCAGGCCUGACGUCCGAUGGCCAUGCCGUGGCGGAUAUUGCCCGCCAGGAAGCCGCCAACUUCCGGAUGAACUACAACCGCGUCAUUCCGCUUAGGGAUCUUUGCGAGCGCAUCGCCAGCUACAUGCACGCCGCCACCCUGAACGGCCUCAACCGUCCCUUUGGUCUCUCCGUCAUCCUGGCCUCAUGGGAGGCAAGUGAAGGUCCGGAGCUGUACAAGAUCGAGCCGUGCGGCUCGUUCCUUGGCUACUACGCCUGCGCCUGCGGCAGGGCUAAGCCGCAGGCCGACCAGGAGUUCGAUAAGCUGGAGAAUCUCUCGGGCAUGGGAACGGAGGAGCUGGUGAAGGCUGCUGCCGAAAUCAUUUACAAGGGCCACUAUGACUGGCAGAACAGGGACUUUCUCUUCGAGAUGGGCAUUGUGGGCAAGGACACCAGGGGCCUGCACCUUAUCAAUCCCCCCGUGCUGACCGAAAUAGCACGCGCUGCCGGGGCAGAAGCUGCCGCCAAUGAGACGUCCUCCAGCGAUGAGGCAUUUUUUUAAGAUUAUUUCAAAGUCGAAAGAUAUACUCUACUUUCCGUUUUUGAAAUUUUUUUAUUAAUUCUCUGAAAAUAA